UUUCAAAGCAGAAUUUUAAUUUUUGAGCUGGCCACUGCCUUUUCAUACUGUCAAAAAACUAUUCUAGUUUCCGGUCUUUUUACUCCUCCGUGGCAUGGCGGAUGGUCUUUACCGCCGCCUAUAGUGUUUAUUGGAGGUAUUUCUUCGCUGAUAUAGCGAAAUGAGUCUAUCAGUCGCCCGACCUCUUGUGUCGGUUUACACGGAGAAGAGCGAGGUCGUCCCCGACGCCUCCCUCCCCCUCCCGUUCGUGUUCAAGGCCCCCAUCAGGCCGGACCUGGUCAACGAUGUCCAUGUGUCCAUGUCCAAGAAUGCCAGACAGCCUUACUCUGUGAGCAAGGAGGCCGGUCACCAGACCAGUGCCGAGUCAUGGGGUACCGGACGUGCUGUCGCUCGUAUCCCACGUGUGCGUGGUGGUGGUACCCACAGGUAAGGAACUCAGGGUGCCUUCGGUAACAUGUGCCGUGGCGGACGUAUGUUCGCGCCAACGAAGCCCUGGCGCCGUUGGCACCGUCGCGUCAAUCUACGCCAGCGCCGAUAGCGGCCAAAAGUCGACCCAUCUAAUGUAAAAAAACCUGGUCACAUCAUCGAGAAGGUCCCAGAACUGCCCCUCGUGGUCUCCGACAAGGUCCAGGAGAUCAACAAGACCAAACAGGCUGUCAUCUUCCUGAGACGCAUCAAGGCCUGGUCUGAUGUACUCAAGGUGUACAAAUCGCAGCGCCUGCGCGCCGGUAAGGGAAAGAUGCGCAACCGUCGCCGCGUCCAACGCAAGGGACCCCUGAUCAUCUACCACAAGGACCAGGGUCUGACCCGCGCCUUCCGCAACAUCCCAGGCGUGGAGAUGCUGAACGUGGACAAGCUGAACCUGCUGAAGCUCGCGCCCGGUGGCCACCUCGGCCGUUUCUGCAUCUGGACCCAGUCCGCCUUCGACAGGCUUGAUGCCCUGUUCGGCUCAUGGAAGACACCCUCAAAGGAGAAGAAGAACUUCAACCUGCCCCAGCCUAAGAUGGCCAACACCGACCUGAGCCGUCUGCUCAAAUCCGAUGAGAUCAGGAAGGUGCUGCGCGCGCCCAACAAGCGUGUGGUCCGUGCAACGAGGAAGUUGAACCCGUUGACCAACUCCAAGGCUAUGCUGAGACUGAACCCCUACUCGGCUGUGCUCAGGAGGAAGGCUAUCCUCGACCAACAGAGGAGGAAUAAUGUCAAGGCUCUGGCUUUAGCUGAGAAGCGUGGUAUUAAGCUGCCGGAAUCUGAUCCCGCAGUGAAAGCAGAGAAGUUGCGCCAGCGAAGAGUGAAGUCAGCCAAGGCUGCUGCAGCCAAGAAGCCCAAAAAGCCGGUAGCCAAGAAGACCGCGCCCCCUCCCCCCAAAAAGGCGAAAGGUGUCAAGAAGACUGGCCCCAAAAAGGUCAAAAAACCUGUAGCUAAGUGAGGGAGUUAAUAAAUUUAUAUAUUGACACAA